AGUCUUGAGUAGGUUUUUUUUUCUAUAACGUGUCACUUGUGCUGUGAUCUUCUUCGAGUUAACAUCGUCGCGAUCAAAUUCUUCUCAUAUAUUUUUAUCUUUUAAUUUAUAUAUUUUGAUAACAAUUUUUAAGAUGAAUUACCUUAAAAAAUUACCAAUGCGCACGAUCGCUCAGGCUCUUCAACGUCAACAAUGUGCAGCCUUUUCCGAAGGAGUUGGUAUGCUCCCUUUGACUUUUUUAACCGAAGACGAGAAAAUGAUGAAGGAAACAGUUGCUAAACUUGCCAAAGAAACUAUUGCUCCAUUGGUAAAGAAAAUGGACGAAGAACAUCAAUUCGAUCAAUCAGUUGUUGAUGCUGUUUUCCAAAAUGGUCUUAUGGGAAUGGAAAUCGAUACUGAACUUGGUGGAAGUGGUUGUAAUUUCUUCACAACCAUUUUGGUAGUUGAAGAACUAUCCAAAGUUGAUCCUGCUGUUGCUGCAUUUGUUGAUAUUCAUAAUACACUUGUUAAUUCUUUGAUGAUGAAAGUUGGCACUAAGGAGCAAAAGGAAAAAUAUCUUCCUAAAUUAGCUCAGGAAUAUGCUGGAAGUUUUGCUUUGACUGAACCAUCUUCAGGAUCUGAUGCAUUUUCUCUAAAGACAAUUGCUAAGAAAGAUGGAAACGAUUAUGUUAUCAAUGGAACAAAAAUGUGGAUUUCUAACUCAGAUGUUGCUGGAGUAUUCUUGGUUUUUGCUAACGCUAAGCCAGAAGCUGGUUACAAAGGUAUUACAACAUUUAUCGUAGACCGUGAUACCCCCGGUCUAAGUGUUGGCAAGAAAGAAGACAAAUUGGGUAUCCGUGCUUCCGGUACCUGCAUGGUCAAUUUUGACAACGUACGUGUCCCUGAGGAAAACAUUUUGGGUGAAUUCGGCAAAGGAUACCAAUAUGCAGCUGGUUUCUUAAAUGAAGGUCGCAUUGGUAUUGGCGCCCAAAUGAUUGGCUGUGCUCAAGGCUGUUUCGAUGCUACUAUUCCAUAUUUGAUGGAUCGCAAACAAUUCGGUCAGGAAAUCUACAAUUUCCAAUCGAUGCAACAUCAAAUUGCAACUGUUGCAACUGAAAUUGAAGCUGCUCGUUUGUUGACAUACAAUGCUGCCCGUUUACAAGAACAAGGUCGUCCAUUUUUGAAAGAAGCUGCUAUGGCUAAAUAUUAUGCUUCGGAAGUUGCUCAGAGAGCUACAAUUAAGUGCAUUGAUUGGAUGGGUGGAGUUGGAUUUACUCGGGAUUUCCCACAAGAGAAAUUCUAUCGUGAUGUUAAAAUUGGAGCAAUUUAUGAAGGAACAACAAACAUGCAAUUGAGUACUAUUGCAAAGGUUAUUAAGAAGGAAUAUUCUUCUUAAGUUUAUUUGAGCUUGAUUUAAUUCAAGCUUGUGAUAGAUUUUUUGAUAUAAUGAUGAAGGUGGCAA